AUCGUUGGUUACGUUGGUUAGAUUCCCGUUUUCGACUCUUAACUUGAUUCUUAAUUUGAGAAUUGGUUACUGGAAGCUCCUUGCGACAACAAUAGUGUAACUACCCUUGCAGACGGUAUACUUUGUUACAAGGCACGUUGUAUGAUCUUUUGAGAAUACAAUGGUGAUGGAAGAACAAGAAUCAGAUAUGGAGCUAGCCUCUGAACGGAUACCGGUUCCCCAAGUACAGGAGCCAACGAUUGAUACAGUUAAACGAAAUAACAAGUCGAGUGUGUCGCGUGGUAAACCAAGACUAAGAAAGAAAGCACUGCAUGCUUCGAUCGUUAAGCAAAUGGAGUUCUACUUCGGUGACGCUAAUCUGAGCAAGGAUCGCUUCCUGUCGGAGCUUCUGCAGAAAAAUUCUUAUGUGGAUCUCAAAGUAUUCACUACAUUUAAUAAGAUGCGCGAACUAACCAUGGAUGUGAAUAGAAUAGCUAAAGCUCUGCAGAGAUCAACCAUGCUGAAAGUGUCGGAAGAUGGUACCAAGGUCUGUCGAUUGACGCCAUUUACCAAGAAAGAGAAUAUGGAUGAGUGUACAGUUUAUGUACAAAAUUUACCUCCAGAUGCUGAUCACGAUUGGUUGACAUCUAUUUUCUCUAAGUAUGGGCCAGUAGUGUAUGUCUCAAUUCCUCGUUACAAGAGCAACAAGAAAAUAAAAGGAUUUGCGUUUAUAGAGUUUGACACGCCAAAUGGUGUUAAAGAAUGUUUAAAGACAUUCCAGAAAAAAGGACGUGUUUUACCGUCGCAUACGUCUCCCAACGAUCUGUUAAGUAUUACUACGUUCGAUGAUCCUAAGAAAGAUCGCACAAUAGUCACAGCCAUCAAUGCAAAGGCUAAGGCAGUAAAGUCGAAAGAGAGUGCGUCAAAUGAUACCGAAAAUAGCGAUAACACUGACGCUAACGAAAUAGACAUGGAAAAAGACAGACCAGUUCUAAGAAAGAGAAAACUUUCUUCAGGAGAAUCAUUAAAAGAUAACGACAGCAAGGUUAAGAGAACAAAAAUAGCUGAGGAUCAAAAUGCAGAUCAACAAGAUGAUGAAAAGAGCAACGUCGAAAAUGAAGAGGCAUCAAAUAAGAUGAAUAAUCAUAACAAAAUCGCAGGAAAAAAAAGGAAAAAGGUCACGAUAAACGAUAUUGUGGAGGAUGUUGAUAGAAAAAUAGUAAAAAAAGAUCAUUCUGAGUCAGCAACAAAAUCAAGCAAUGAGAAAGAAGAAGAAAUGAAAAAUCUAAAUAACAGUAAUGAUAUGGGCGCUGUAUCAGGAACCGAGGAAUGCCCUAUGAUAAAUAGCGAUGCCGAGGAGAGGGAAAUUGGCGACGAGGGAGAGAAUGAAGGCAAGAAGAAGAAAAGAAGGAGAAACAGGAACAAGAUUCAGCAGGAUGUAAUAUGCAACAUAGGAUUACAAGUAAUGGCAAAACCGGAUUGGAAGCGACUUAGAAACAGAUACUUAGAGUUGCAAAGAAGCAAGAUGAGAUUGCUGAAACAGCAUUUAAAGAAGGCUGAAGUGGGCAGGGGCGAGAUUAUAAUAAAGAAUAGACCAAAUUACGAUAAGUUCAAACGAGAGAAGGAUAAUGAAAAGACUAAUGAAGUGGAGAAGUCGAUUUACGGAUGUGUCAACUAUGCACCAGGUAUUAUAGUAAAAAUCGAGAUGGAUGAACCUUGCACGAAUCCACGAAGUUUCAAGAUAGAAUUAAAGGACAAUAAUUCUGUGAAAUAUAUAGAUGUAACAGAUGGUUCUUGCGAAGCCUACGUAAGAUGUGAUACAGCAGAGGCUGCACAAUCGUUUGCUCAAAAGAGUUACGAGGGAAGACGCUCGACAAUUUUGAAAGGCGAUGAAGAGAAGUUGUACUGGGAUAAAAUAGCACGAGAUCGCGAGGAAAAGUUAAAUACGAAACAAAGGGUCAAACAAAGAGGACGUGUCAAAUUGUUGAAAAAAGCGGAAAAGGAACUUGGAAAGUGCAUAAAAUUUGAUCAAGAUUGAGUAGAUUAUCAUGUGAUCUUUUUACAAAGUCUGCUACAUACGUGUUACAAUUGCAUCAAUGUAAAUUUCAGUUAUUUUUAAUUAACACGUUGUCUAGCAUAUGAAUUUAUUCAUGUAAUUUGAAAUAAAUAAAUUUAUAAAAUU